AUUCUUCUCUCAGCACAGCCAGCAUUGCUUUCCUUCAGACAGCCUACGGAGAGAGAACUCUACACUUCUGCAGCCAUGAUGAGUGUCGUAUUGAAGAUGAUGUGCGUUCUGCUUUUUGCAGUGUUUGUCUCCGCUGAACAUAUGCCCAUGACUGACUUCGACCUGGAAAAGAUGGGUGGAAAGUGGUAUAUCAUUGGUAUGGCUACAAAUGCAGAAUGGUUUGUUAGUAACAAGGCAAACAUGAAGAUGGGAACUGCUAUGCUGGUUUCUACCGAAGAUGGAGACCUUGACCUUACGUACACAAAUAUGAAUGAGAACGGUUCCUGCUGGAGGAUGAAUCAUCUUGCCAACAAAACUGAAUCUCCGGCACGCUUCGUCUUUACUAGUCAGCGUUGGGGAAAUGACAAUGAUAUGCGUGUGGUUGAUGCCAGAUUUGAUGAAUAUGCCUUCAUCCACACCAUCAAGACCAAGGGAGGUGUAUCUGAGCUUUUCAACGUACUCUACGGUCGUAACUCAACAGUUACUGAAGACUUGGUGGAGAAGUUCAAGACCUUUUCUCUAGACACUGGCAUCCUGGAGGAAAACAUUGUCAUUCUGCCACCAAAUGAAGAAUGCCCAUCUGCUUAAGAGUCUCAUCAGCUAAGAAAACAACACUGCCAUCUCACCUGGAAACACAGAACUGAACAUAUGGUCUCCAUUCUGCUUGGUUUUUAGUCUCUUAGACUUAAUAUGGAAACAGGAAUUGGUCCCUCCUUGUGCCUUAAAUGCGUUUACAUAACCAAAUCAAUGCUUCUCCAAAUGAAGUCUCAAGGGUCCUGCUAUCAAGAUUUCUGGAAUGUAGGUUUCUACAAAUGAGACGUCUUUGAAAAUAAUUGUAUUAUGCAAUGUUCUUUUGUAUACUGCUAUCAAAAUAAACCUUUUCACAAAAUGA